GUUUUUUGUUGUAAAAUGGCGGACUGCGCUGAGAAGGGCUCUGCAAGUGCUUGUGAGAAUGAAUACUGGUCUGGUGAAGUGCUCAGUCCCUCAGAGCUGUUUGCGGCUCGCACCCGGGACCACAAGCUCCCUGCGCGAGGCCAGAAGGACUUUCUCCCUGACGGGUCCCAGCGGCAGGGUGAGAAGCUGCGGAGAGGCCUGGAGGAGCACUGGAAACUGGUCUCCGAGGAGCGUGUCGAGAGGCAGGGGAGUCUGGUGAAAGCAGAAUGGAAGCCCAAAGACAAUGUUGUGGUACUCAAAUGUCCAGCGGGGAAGUUUUGGCAGACCAUGGGCUACUCUGAAGAGGGGAAGCAGUUUCUCCAGUGCGAGGAGGCCCUGUACCUGAUGGAGUGUGGGAAUGUGGAGGUGUUUUACAGAGAGCUGCCUCUGUCUGUUCAGGAGGGUUAUGAGCUGAUGCUGUCAAACAGGACGAUCUCCCUGCAGCAAUACCAGGUGUUCAGUCAUCUGAAGAGACUGGGUUAUAUAGUUAAAAGAUUUGAUGCCAGUGCCGUUCCCUCCCUGUAUGAGAGACAGCUGAACCUGUUGCAGAGACGAGACAAGGCCGACAGGCGCCAUCGAAAGAGAAAGAGGAGCCGCAGCCCCAGCAAUUCCAAGGAUACUCCAGAAGGACAAAGCCAGACUGGAGAGAAUACUGAACAGAAGGCACAGGAAGAUGCCAUGAGCAGCAGAGAGGACAGCCAGAAAUCUGGGUCUAGUACUUGCGUGAUCCCACCUGAACGGGCUGCUGCCUGCAGCAUGGAGGUGAAACAGGAAGGUACCUCUGAGGAGAGGUCUUGUUGGUGGGACUUCCCCCUGGUUCCACAAUCGGAGCAGACAGAAGACAGGCAGCCACACUCUUCACAGCCCUCCGGGCUCAAGUGGGACUUUGCAAGAAUCUCCUUUCCCAAUCUGGGCUUGGACUGCCCUCUCACCAGCCUGCAAGCCCCAGACCCUGUCCUGCUGCCCAGCGCUGUCCCUGCCAGGGCCUGCGAUGCCUCGGCCUGGCUGCAGAGGCUGAAUCUCAGAGACGAGCAUCUGUCGAGGAGGGAGAGGGAGCAGAAGGACAGGGAGAGGCAUUACAAGAGAGGAGUGAACGAGGACAGGGAGGUGCGGAGCUGCCGGAACUGGCAGGACUACAAGGAGCUGCUGCAGAGAAGGAGCCGACAAAGCUGUAGGAACUGGCCGGCUCACCUUUGGAACGAAGCUGUCAAGCCACUCACUGCUCCUGGACAGGCCACCUCCACAGGUGACCUGCUGCAGCAGAUUGGUUUGAUGCAGCCUUCUCGACUGCUUGAUGAAGCUGCCGGGCUUGUGGAGGAUUCGGGAGGAAUGAAGAUUUCCUUUGAUGUCUACCAGGCGAACACUGUAGCUGAGUUUAAGAAAAGCAAUCCAGGGAAACCCUACUCAAGGAUGUGUGUCUGCAGUUUCGACGGGCCAGUGCCAGACUUGCGGACCCUAAAGAGACUGGCUUUUCAGAGCGGGGAUGUGCAAGUGACCUACGCCGUGGUGGACAAUGGAGACAUCUCCUUCUACUCCUUCAAGGAUUUCCAGCUACCCACUGACUGCUGCCACUGAGGCAGUGCCCACUGACUGGGUGAACCCCAUGUGGGAGCAAACCACACUGGGGGGGGGGUCAUGAGAACAGCAAAGUGGUAACUCCUUCAUCAUGUUGUGAUGGCCAUAUUCCAGCCUCCAACCUCCAGCCCCCAGUUCCAUAACUUAAUAUAAACAAUUUGGAGAACUGUUUUAUACUAUAUUCAACUUUAAUGUCUCUAGUAUACAAUACUGUGGCAUUUUAAUUCUGGUUGAGUUCAAAUGUUUUUAAGCAAAUAAAAUGGAGGAAGGUUUUGCUGCACAA